AUGGACUGGGAAUGGGGCUUCGUGCCUCUCAGCUGCACCAACCCUCCAACUGCUGAAGCCAAAGAGCGCUUUCCUCGCAUCGCCGCAGAGAAACGAGGCCCGAAGCAGAAGCGGGAUCUUGACGAGGUCGACCCCGAUCCUUAUAUCCAUUGGACCGACCUCAAGAUGGGCCGCACCCACACCCCGCGCCCCGAUGCUCCCUCAGCUAGCACCCAACCACAGGUUCAUGAGCACGUGGCUCCUCUGCAGGCCGAAGUUGGCCGCGAGUACAUGGAGAAGCUCACCUCCCAGGGCAAGAAGCACAAGGCCCCGACAACUGAAGCCGGUUCAAGCCAAGGCCCUCCCGCCAAAUGCUCCCGGACCGAAGUUGUCGGAGGGAAAGCGGUGGACAAGAAGCGCUAUCAAGGCAAACAGAUGCCGAUUGCUUCCGGGACUUCAUCCGCGCCUCCGUCGGAAGCUCCCAGCGUCGAGCCAACCGGGGCCACGCCGACGCCGCCGCCAAACCAAGGACCCGCGCCAACUCCUAGCCAAGGGCCCUCUACGGCCAAGCCGACGCCGCCGCCAGAAAGCAGCAAGCUUCUCAAGCCGGAACCUUUCAAGGGGAAGGCCGCGGCUUCCAGCACCCCUUCGCCUGGCUCACAGCAGCUGGCGCUGCACGCCAGCCGCGCCGCUGUUGCAGCUGGUGAGGUGACCACCGGUCUGCUUGGCCGGAUAACCGAGCUGAAGCGCGAAGGCCGCGAGCUGGGCCAUCUGCUUGAAUAUGCUGAAAAGUGGAAUCAAGCAGAUGUGUCCGCGGCCACGCGCGGCUUGGGGAAGGACAGGCUUCCGGCGGUUUACCCUACUGCUAUCCCAGAAGCCUCCAUUGAGGCCCUCAAGGCCCAGCUCAGCACCCUUCAAGAUGAGAAGGAGCAGCUCAUCCAGGAGCAUCGCAAGGCUCUGGACGCCCAGAAGGCCGUCACUAGAGGGCUGAAGGACGACCUCAUCCAAAUCGGGCUCCGGCAUGAUCAGGAGCUGAAGGACGCCAAAGCUGCGGCUGAGGCGCAGCUAAAGGAGGCCCUGGAUGAUUCUGUUAACUCCACCGCGGUGCUGCGGGCAGAGCUUGAGGAGGGAGGGCUCUUUCCGGACUCACAGGCGUACGCGCAGAAAAAGGUAGCAGAGCGCCGGAUCGCGCAAGCGUUCAAGAAUCUGGAUCCGCCCUGGGACCCUUAUGACCAUCUGGUCGCGCUUUCUGCCUGGGUCUCGCACAUGCGCGCGGUGGACCGGAACCUUGCCGACGUCCCCGAGGUAGCGAUCCAGCUCUUCAAGGCGCUACGCACUGCCUGUUCCUGGUAUGAAGACCUGGACCUGGACGCCUUCGUCGCCGCGCGCCAAGACGCUCCUACCGACAUGGAUCCGGCCCUCACCGCCAAGCGGAAGGAUCGCGCCUACCGGAUAGCUGAGUAUGCGGCAGUCCGCACCUUCAUUCCUCCUCCUCCUGGCGUCACUGAUUAUCUUAGUGACUAUGAAGAAGAGGAAGAUGAGGAUGAAGAUGUCGGAGAAGAUGCGCCUCCGGAAGGUGCUGAUGCCGGGAACGUUCCUCCUGAAGCUCCUGCCUGA